CAUCGAAAUCGACGGUCGCAUUCAGAGCAUCACGAAGACGUCUACUCGGCGGAUCUGCCUCCGAUGGACGAGAAGGAGAUGGCUCUGUAUAAAUUGUACCGACCCGAGCGGUUGACGCCUAAGGAACGCUCAACCGAGCUGAUGAAGAUGCCGAGACUGAAUAAGGGCAUGGCAUUCAGUCUGUAUGAACGGCAGUAUCUCGGUCUGCAUGGUCUAUUACCACCGGCGUUCAUGACCCAGGAACAACAGGCCUACCGAGUGAUCACUAAACUGAGAGAACAACCCAAUGAUUUGGCUAGAUACAUACAGCUCGACGGUCUUCAGGCACUAUUUUUUGUUGACCGUAAUGAGAAACUCUUCUAUCGUGUGCUGUGUGACCACGUCAAGGAGUUGAUGCCGAUUGUGUACACGCCGACGGUUGGCUUGGCAUGUCAAAAUUUCGGUUAUAUCUAUCGAAAACCGAAGUGA